AUGGGCAGGUUACGCCGAGAAGGCUCGAAUCAGUCUAUAUCACCCACGCGCAAAUUCACUUCUCACUUCAAGUCUUCGUAUCUCGAGUCCCCAUCGCCAAAAGAGAAUUCGGAUCGGCAAACUCCCUCAGAGAACCACCUCUUUGCUUCUCUUCUAGCCUUCCGAUGGAAUAAGUCGACGACUACCGUAUUCGAGCACUCCAACGAUUCAAAACCCAACGAGGUUCUUUCGAAGCCUGAACCUCACUUCGCAGAUCCUCCGGCCCGUCGUACUACUUCUCCUCGGCUUCCACGUCAUGUACCUAUUGUAAUCCCUGAUUUUGCCCAUCCGUUCAAUCGAGAAACCCGAUCAGUUGGUCCAGAUAUCAGGCUUCAGCAGCCAGAAGCACCGGUACUUCGCCGAGAGCCUCGGCACAUUGAUCGACACCUUUGCCAGAGUUCGUCCGCGAACACUCCUGAUGUAAAGGCCGAGAUGAACAGCAGCCAAGUCAGCUUAGCAUCGGAAGCAAGCACGGAUGGAGGCCAGAAUUCGUUUCAAGGAGCGCCAGCUACCGGAAAUGUUGGUAUCUCACCUGUUGUGAACCAAAAUGCGGGCCCAACUCAUCUCUCUGGAUUGGUGUGCAGCGUACACAAAACGACCGGUCAGAAGCCUCAUGCUCUUGUCGGGGCAACCACGACCAUCCUUGGCGAUAAGCUAUAUGUAUUUGGGGGGCGACUGCACUCACGAACCAGGCCGCAGUUGACAUCGGACCUAUAUGAGUUGGACCUGAUUAAGCGGCAUUGGAAGAAAAUUGAUCCACUUGGAGAUAUACCACCACCAAGGUACUUCCACAGUGUUUGUGGAUUAGGUGACUCCAAGCUGGUCUGCUACGGCGGAAUGUCACCAGCACCUCGCAACACUUCUGGUCAAUCUGAGCCUCAGCCGGAGGUGGCUGUCAUGUCCGAUAUUCACAUAUUCGACGUUUCGACGCGAACAUGGACACAGAUCUCAACGACCGAGAAUGCUCCACAAGGGAGAUAUGCACAUUGUGCUGCGAUAUUGCCCUCAUCAGGUGUCUUCACCUCCACUAAUGCGCCAUUGUCGGCGAUCCACCAUAACCCGGCGACCUCGGACAACUCUGGCACAUUAGGUGUUCAACUAGAUGGAACUGGUGGCGCUGAGAUGGUGGUGGUAGGUGGGCAAGACAGUGGCAACAACUACAUCGAGCAGAUCAACGUAUUCAACCUGCGAAGUCUCAAGUGGACGAGCGCAACUGCUUGGGACCGCAAAUGUGGUGCCUACAAGAGCAUGGUUGUGCCUAUGUCGGGACUUUCGGCAGAUUUACUUGGUCAAGGUAUUCCGCUAGAUGAGCCUCAGUAUCAGCACACUGGACAGGCAACGGGCACGUCGAUGUUGAUCUACUCAAACUACAACUUCUUGGACGUCAAGCUAGAACUACAGAUCCGCAAACCGGAUGGAACAAUGGUCGAAAAGACUAUGGCUGGUCCGGUCUCACCUCCCGGUCUACGAUUCCCGAACGGAGGUAUCUUGGACAAUCACUUCGUGGUCAGUGGAACAUAUUUGACGUCUUCUAAGCACGAGUAUGCACUCUGGGCCCUGGAUCUCAAGACGUUGACAUGGGGCCGUAUCGACACCAAUGUGUCAAUUUUUGAGCAGGGCAGCUGGAACCGCGGAGUUCUAUGGAACAGACGGAAUACCUUUGUCAUUCUUGGUCACCGCGAGAGAAGCCUUGUUGACGAUUACAAUCAUCGUCGGAUCAAUUUCAGUCACGUCUGUAUGGUGGAGUUGGAAGCUUUCGGUCUGUACGACAACCCUCGAAAAACGGCACCGACUUCUGGGUAUCAAUCGGUGUCUGCGCCAUCCAUCCCGCCGUCACUCAAAGCUCCAGAUGUAUUGCAGGGGGGUGGCAGAUCCUAUACCAACGCUGCGGAAGAGCUGGGACGAGCCGCUCUGAUUCUGACAGAACUGUCCGACAUGGACUUGAUCGCAAUUGGUGGAGAGAGGAUUCCUUGUAAUUCAAACAUUCUGGCUCGUCGCUGGGGACCUUACUUCAAUCAAUUGAUGGCAGAGUCGGCUACUACACAUGAUAAUGCGAGUGGCUUGAUGUCCGACGCAGCUACCUUACGGCCGAUGAUGCAAUCGCAAGCAAGUCGAAAUUCUGCCAUUACCAUCACACAGAGUGUCGCGAAUGGUGGUACUUUUGGAAACGAUGCCUUGCUGGAUCCGCAGCGAUCGAUGAGUAGGUCGACAAACCGCACUUUGAUGGACCCUUCCAAUACUUCGAAUAUCCCUGCGGCGUUGAGGUCACGGUCGUUAUACUUGCCACAUAUGGUUCAAACCAUUCAAUUGCUACUGCAGUACCUCUACACGUCCGCAUUACCGCCGGUGGGUGCACCAUUGUGCACGCCACAUACACUCUGCUCUCUGCUGCAGAUGGCUCGGCCUUACCAGAUUGAUGGUCUGUUGGAAGCUACGGUCGAGCGGUUGCAUGAAGUUCUUGACGGUCGUAACGCUGCAGCAGUGUUCAAUGCAGCCGCAAUGGCAGCAGGAGGUGGGCGAGCGACGGCAGGUGCUGAGCAACAAUACUCGCUUGCUCGACGAGAGAGUGAAGCGACUACCGUUGGUGACAAUACCCUCAGCAAUAAGGCCGCUGCUCUGAAGAUCAAUGAUCAGCAGAAUGGAACCAAGGGUCAUAAGAAGUCCGACUCGGUGGAAUCUGGAUCAACCAGCACAUCGGCGUCUGCCUCGACCGAUUUCUCACAGACAGAUACAGAAUCAACACAAGAUGAGAAUGAGAUUACGAAGAAGGAGGUGCGCGAAGUCUGGACCGGCGACAUGAGUUCCGUUAUUGGACUACAAAAGAGAGGCUUGAGGGGCUUGAUGGAGGGACGCAGGAUGCGGGAAAGGGCUAACACAUUGGGAAGCAGCACGGACGACAAGAUCUAG